GGGAGGGAGGGUGGGGGGAAGGCAGGCAGGGGGAAAGGAUGCGCCCCCAAGGCAGCUUUCUGAGGGAUCGCAGCGGAACAAUGCACUAAAAACGUGAUGAAGCUGGAAUUAGCACCGCUCUCCAAACUCAAAGCAGCGGCAGCAGCAGCGAGCAGGGGGGGAUUCCCGUCUUUCUGGACCGUUUUCUAUUUCACCUGUUUCCUAGGAUUCACACAGGGAAGUCCUGAAGAUGUGGACAUUCUUCAGAAAUUGGGCUUGGUGGCUCCAAGACUGCCUGGCUCCCCACCCCGCUCUAUUCCUCAGGGAUUCAUCCCCUUCAAGUCAGGGGUCAUCUUCACCCAGCGGGCAUGCCUCGAGGUGCCGAUCAACAGGGUUAUUCCCGCCCAGCUUGGCAAGGACUUGGCUUUAGUGUUGAGCCUGUGCUCCCACCGAAUCAACAGCGCCUUUUUAUUCGCUGUCAAGAGCAAGAAGAAAAAACUGCAGCUAGGAGUGCAGUUCGUCCCCGGGAAGGUCAUCGUCUACGUCGGUCACAAACGCUCGGUAUAUUUUGAUUAUAACAUCCACGACGGACAAUGGCACAAUUUGGCCAUCAACAUCCAAGGCCGGGUAGUCACCCUGUUUACCGCUUGCGGGAAGCAAAGCAUGCAUGCGGAUCUGCACCAUAAAAAGAAGGAGGCGUUGGAUCCCGAGGGGUCCUUCCUCUUAGGCAAGCUCAACCAGCACUCAGUACAUUUCGAAGGUGCCCUUUGCCAGUUUGAUAUUUAUCCGUCUGCCGAGGCCGCUCACAAUUACUGCAAGUACCUGAAAAAGCAAUGCCGGCACACAGAUACUUACCGGUCCAACCUUCCGCCUCUUGUCCCGCUCCUUCCCAACGACCCGAGAGCUUCUGAAAUGACUCCCUUGAAGAAUCUGACCACUGCAAUUCCUCCAUCGCCACUCUUCAAGUCCACCCCUCCUCCAAGGAACAGGAGGUUGAUGGCAGCACCCACCCCCGCCGCCGGGCCAUUGAAGCUGCCAGCUCCGCGGGUGACCGUCAAAGCUCCCAAGAUCGUUGUGGCAACCUCUCCUGCCUUGAUUAGCGCUGAAGCACAGCUCCCAGGCCACACGUUCCACCAGGCCACCACAGAAGGCCGCUGGCUCUCCAGCGUUGCUCUCCGGACAACCACCAUUGCCACUUCCAGUUUGGGUUCAGAGAAAUCUCGUUUGCCCGCCAGGAAGAAGGUUUUCCCUGCCACCUUUCCCUACUCAGCCACAAGCCCUGCUGCAGGGAUGAAAAAGAAGGAGGUGGGCAAAGGGGCCACAAAGAUGGCCAGCCCAAGCCAAACCACCAGGUCUCCAGCAGCAAACGCCACAAAGCCAACGAUGGAGAAGGCAAUGGAUGCUCCUGGCAGUCUCCACCCCGUGACCCUGAAGCCCAAGCCCGGGGGUGUAACCAAGAGCGCUGCACCAAAGAAAACAACUCUGCUGGCCCCAAAGAAGCCAGAUCUGACCAUCACUGCUGUCCCAGAUGCCCAACCAAUUCGAGGAGCUCAUUCUUCUGCCCGCAGAGCAAAUGUACAGAAUGUGAAUUUUGCAACCCCGGCUGCCACAGCUGGGUACCCACUGUUUGACCCUGUCGGGCCCACCCUCUUUCCGUUUGUUCUGGGUCUUCCCGGACUGAAAGGAGACCUCGGUCCUCCGGGCCUCCCAGGUCUGCCCGGUUUACCAGGACCACCUGGCAAGCGAGGCCCACGGGGUCCUCCUGGCCCCCAUGGGAAUCCUGGCCGGCCUGGGCCACCUGGCUCUAAGGGCCAAAAAGGUGAUCCUGGGCUAUCUCCCGGAAAAGCGUGGAAUGGUCAGAAGGGUGAUGUCGGCUUGCCUGGAUUGACAGGGCUUCCUGGAUCACCUGGUAGGAAGGGACAGAAAGGAUAUCCAGGACCAGCGGGUCAUCCUGGAGACCAGGGUGAACGAGGAUCUGACGGGAAUCCAGGUGCCAAAGGUUAUCCUGGCAGGCAGGGUUUACCUGGACCUAUAGGAGAACCUGGUCCAAAAGGCAGCCGGGGGUACAUUGGACCACCAGGAUUAUUCGGGCUGCCCGGUGCUGACGGAGAACGAGGAUUCCCCGGAGUUCCUGGGAAGAAGGGCAAGAUGGGUAGGCCGGGCUUUCCUGGUGAUCUUGGAGAACGAGGACCUCCGGGCAUUGACGGCAACCCAGGAGAUGUGGGAGCCCCUGGUCCUGCGGGAGUUGACGGACUCAUUGGCGAUAUGGGUGCAGUUGGACCGAUAGGUUUCCCAGGACCAAAAGGAUUAAAGGGGCUGAUGGGAAAUCCUGGAGAGAGUGGACUGAAAGGUGAUAAGGGUGAUCAGGGAGUGCCCGGUGUUCCAGGAGACGCUGGAUUCCAAGGAGACAAGGGUAGCCAAGGCUCACCUGGGAUGACAGGUGCGCGAGGAAAGCCAGGACCUGCUGGGAAGAUCGGCGACAAAGGUCCAGUUGGAAUUCCAGGAUCCCCUGGCCCUGAGGGCUUUCCAGGCGACAUUGGCCCACCAGGACAAAACGGCCCCGAAGGCAUGAAGGGAAAACCAGGAGCGCGUGGGUUACCUGGCCCCAGGGGACUACCUGGCCAAGAGGGGGAUGAAGGACCAGGGGGAACACCUGGCAUCCCAGGGGCACAGGGUCCCCUUGGCAGGAAAGGAUUUCCAGGCAAACCAGGCGCUGAUGGCUUCAAGGGUGAAUCAGGGAAUCCAGGGCGACCGGGAAAAGUUGGUGAUCAGGGCCUGAUGGGGUUCAUCGGUCCAGUAGGAGAGCCUGGAAUAGUCGGGGACAAGGGGGAUCGAGGUGCAGUCGGACCUCCAGGACCGCCAGGCGCCAAGGGAUCGAUGGGGCACCCUGGAAUACCUGGAGCAGUUGGUGAAUCGGGGGCCCCUGGACAGCCCGGUCCCGCUGGAAUUCGUGGAUCCAUAGGAGCGGGAGGUUCGAAAGGUCGCCGGGGUGCUCGAGGUCUUGAUGGACCAGUGGGCGAACCAGGGCAGCAAGGUGCUAAGGGCCUUCCAGGACAUCCAGGGAAACAGGGACCAGAUGGGCAACAGGGAAAGAUGGGAGAGACUGGUGCGAUGGGAUCUCGUGGCUUCCCUGGUAUCCAAGGACCUUCUGGCCCCCAAGGAGCUAAAGGGCCUUCAGGAGACCCGGGAUCUCAGGGAGCUCAAGGUCCACCUGGGCCUUUGGGAGAAAUUGGACAUAAGGGACCUCCUGGCCUGGCAGGGCAACGUGGACUUCCAGGUGAAACAGGCAUGAAGGGUGACCUUGGACCUCUUGGGAUUCCAGGAGAACAAGGCCUCAUUGGCCAGCGGGGCGAUCUGGGCCUUGAAGGUGACAGUGGCCCUCUAGGGCCAGAUGGGCUAAAGGGUGACAAAGGAGAACCAGGCCUAGAAGGAGGAACAGGAGACAAAGGGCAGGAAGGCGUCAAAGGAAAGGAAGGACCUCCUGGAUCCCCUGGGCCCACAGGCGUUCGAGGACCAGAAGGAAAACCAGGCCAAGAAGGGGAGAAGGGGAAAACCGGACUAAAGGGCAUCAGAGGUCACCAGGGGCAACUUGGAGAGACCGGCCCACCAGGGAAGACGGGUUUGAGAGGGACUCAAGGUCCCAAAGGAUCCAGAGGAAGCCUGGGAGCGAUGGGUUCUCCAGGGCGGAUGGGGGCUGCAGGGCAUCCUGGCUUAAAGGGCUAUCAGGGGCACGCAGGAGCACCAGGCCCAAUCGGGCCACCUGGACCCAAAGGUGAAAAGGGAGAACAAGGUGAUGAUGGGAAGGUGGAGGGGCCUCCUGGACCACCUGGAGACAGGGGCCCAGCUGGUGACCGAGGAGAUCGUGGGAAGCCUGGAGAUCCUGGUUAUCCUGGCCAAGAGGGUAUUGAUGGAGAUGGAGGAAAACCUGGACAGCAAGGCUUACCAGGACAUCCAGGACCACCAGGUCAACCAGGGCUGAAAGGAUUCAAGGGCAAUCCGGGGCAGAAAGGAAAGCAAGGGCUUGGCGGUGCCCCAGGCAGCAGAGGCUUGCCGGGUCUUGUGGGAUUAACAGGUCCAAGAGGAGUGGUUGGAAGGCAGGGUCAAGAGGGCACCCCUGGAAUUGAUGGGAUUCCUGGCAAAGACGGCAGCUUUGGACAAAAGGGAGAGCAGGGCGAAGAUGGAGAGGAAGGCACCCCAGGAGUGUUGGGGAACAGAGGGAAUCCCGGUGUCCUUGGUCUUCCCGGAGCUCAGGGCCCCCCAGGAUUGAAGGGAGAACAGGGCUUGCCUGGGCAGGCUGGCCCUUUAGGGAAACGAGGCCACCAAGGUGGGAUGGGCCUUCCUGGACCCCCUGGUGAGGCAGGACCAAUGGGGCAGCUGGGAGACUUCGGUGAAUCAGGAUUUCCAGGGAUUGCUGGGCUGUUUGGGCCAAAGGGACCCCCUGGAGAUACCGGGUUCAAAGGAAUCCAGGGCCCCAAGGGUCCUCAGGGCCUCAUGGGGAAAGAAGGCGUUACUGGCCCACUUGGGAUCAGGGGUCCAACGGGAAGCCCUGGCCCCAAAGGAGACAAAGGCAGUCAUGGUGAAAUGGGAUUGCAGGGUCCUAAGGGCCCCCCGGGACCUCGAGGACCCCCUGGACCUCCGGGUCCCCCAGGAAUGCUAGCUACAUUGCAGCAGCAAGAUGGUUUUGGUGCAGCUUUCCAAACAGCGAGGAGUUCCAGCACUGGGUUCAAGUCUGAGAGCUAUCAACAUUCAGACCUUCCAGUGAUGGACCAGGGAGGGGAGAUCUUUAAGACUCUGCACUACCUCAGCACCCUCAUCCAGAGCAUCAAGAGACCCCUUGGAACCAAGGAGAACCCUGCGCGCAUCUGUAGAGAUCUCAUGAACUGUGAACAGAAGAUGCAGGAUGGAACGUACUGGAUCGACCCAAAUCUGGGCUGUUCUUCAGAUAGUAUUCAAGUCACCUGUAACUUCACCCAAGGGGGACAGACUUGUCUCAGCCCCAUCACUGCCUCAAAGCUUGACUUUGACAUCGGACGAGUGCAACUGAAUUUCCUGCACCUCCUGAGCACCGAGGUCACCCAGAACAUCACCAUCCACUGCCUGAACACCUCCGUGUGGCAGGAAGGGCCCUUGAGGAAACCUAUGCGUUUCAAGGGCUGGAAUGGGCAGAUCUUUGAAGCUGGAGGGCACUUCACACCUGGUGUAGUUGUGAAUGACUGCAAGAUUCAAGAUGGACACUGGCACAGGACCCUCUUUACCUUCCGGACACAAGACCCACAACAGCUGCCAAUUGCCAACAUCUACAACCUCCCACCAUCCGAGCCAGGGAAGCAGCAGCACCUCCUCGAGGUUGGGCCCAUGUGCUUUCUCUAAAAGUUGGCAGCCUCUGCGGCACUUCGAGCUCCUUCGUUUUGGAGAUGAGCAGGGCCUGUUGGCCACCCCUGGACCUCUCUCCCAGCCUUGAGCGUUUGGACUCUGCCAAGUCAUAAGGAAUCCUUGGCCCGUCGGACUCUCCAGGAUGGGGAGAGGCGAAUGCUGUGGCUUUAGAUGCUGAAGCAAGAGGCCAGUUGAGCAAAGAAAUUCCACGCCCAAAGAUUUCCCCCCCUCCCUCGCCACACCUUCGGCCAAAGAAACUGUAUGCAAUAUCGGACUUCCGGUUUACCACCAUUGAAGCCGGUGGGAAAAUUCGGGGCUCCGAGUUUCCCUGCCUGGAAAAGGACGUGAUGCUAGCAGGCAGAGCUUUUGGAAAGGAGACAGGAAGGAGUCUGGGGAAGACAGCUUUGCAAACUGGUCUUUGUCUGCUUGUUGCUCCGGAACAGGAAGCAUUUUUACGUGCAAUAUUCGAGAGAGAGAGAGAGAGAGAAUAAGAAAAUGAUAUAUCUAUAUAUUUUAUUUAAGGCAAAAAUAAAAAAUAAAAGCGAGCAAGGUCCUUCUUUCCGUUGGGAAAGAAAACAGCCCUUUUUAAGUGGCUUGAGAAGGGAAGGCAGGAAAGAGAUGAGACGAGAUUGGUGCUAAGUAGGAAAAAGAGAGAGAGGGAUGGGUUUGUUAAAUUUGAUUCUACCUCUCACUGUGAAAUACCUGGUGCUCUUUAAUUUUUUUUAAAAAAAGAAGUGUGUUUUAUGUAGAUGACUCAAACUAUUUAAGGUUCUAAGACAGGCAUCCCCAAACUGCAGCCCUCCAGAUGUUUUGGCCUACAAUUCCAAUGAUCCCUAAACUUAGAGGACCAGUGGUCAGGGAUGGUGGGAAUUGUAGUCCAAAACAUCUGGAGUGCCAAAGUUUGGAGAUGCCUGUUCUAAGAGGUGCUACUACAGCAGGCAUCCCCAAACUGUGGCCCUCCAGAUGUUUUGGCCUACAACUCCCAUGAUCCCUAACUAAGAGGACCAGUGGUCAGGGAUGAUGGGAAUUGUAGUCAAAAACAUCUGGAGGGCCAAAGUUUGGGGGUGCCUGUUCAAAGAGGUGCUACUACAGCAGGCAUCCCCGAACUUCAUCUUCCCCGAACACUGGCCCUGUUAGCUAGGGAUCAUGGGAGUUGUAGGCCAAAACAUAUGGAGGGCCGCAGUUUGGGGGUGCCUGCACUACAGUGUCUCCUCCCAGGCUCCUCCAAACCCUUGACAUUGCUAAAUUCCCUUGGGAAUGAGAAGCAGGGGUUAAAACAGGGCAGGGAAGAUCAUCAGCGCAACAAUGACAAAUAAACUUUUUUUAACUUAAAGGUGCAUGAAAUAUUCUACAGGGGCUUUGUACGUUCUUUGAAAUCUAGGAUUUGUUAACCGGUCGUUUGUCACGGGUGUGUUUUAAAAGAAAAAUGUACCUUGAAAGGUGGUUUUUCAGAGCAAUAAUUGAGCUCACGAAAAACACAUUUCUCUGCUUGUGUGUGUGUGUGAGUGUGUGUGUGUUCCUAUACAAUAGGGUGAUGACUUUUUCAUUUUUCCCCCAAAAAUUAUUUCCUGUAGUACAAAUGGAUGAACGUUUGCCUAUGAAUGACUAAAAUGAGGUCUAUUCCAUUGAAAUAUUUAAAAAGGUCACGCACAAACUAUUUUUAAUUUUUUGGUAUGCUGUUUGACCAUUUCAUAAAAUGGUAUUCACAAUUCUAUAUAUAUUUCGGAUCAAAUUUGGACACAACACCACAUUCCACAACGGGGAGUGUUCUUAGCAACAUAGGCUAUACAAAUGUUACACCUGCACAUGACCCUGCCGGGCAUGCUGGGAAAAGAACCUACAAGAGAGGUAGCAAAACAUCGCCCCCUAGUGGCAUCUAUACUGUUACUGCAGCUAAAAAAAGCUUACUUGUGUGUUUGAAGACCCUAUAUAAUGUUGUAUAUAUGUGACUCUCAAGCUUGGGUUCAAUUUGAUACCUGCUUACAGUGACUUCAAAAAUGGUCCAAAAACGGAUAAAUACGAUUUUUAAAAAUCAUUUUGUGUGUGAGGUUUUUUAAUCAAAUCUCUUUGAAAGUAAGGUUUUAUCUAAUUUUUAAUGAAGGCACAUCAAAUUAUGAUACAGGGAAAUGAGGUUGUAAAAAAGUCAUCACCCUAAUAUACAACUGUUACUCACCAAAGCAUUAGGCUGCAAGUAGCCAAGAUGAGAGUGGGAAGAAAAAUGAGAGCGAAACCGUUUGACUUGAUUUCUGGGCUGAAUGGGGGUCUGUCAUCUGUUCCAGUCCUUCUGUCUAUGGCGAGUCCUAGAUUUGAACACCUACCGUGUAUUCCAGCGUAUAAGAAGACCCUCAACUUUUCCAGUUAAAAGAUAGAGUUUGGGAUAUACUCGCUGUACAAGGAAUAUGACCCGGCGUAUAAGACAACCCCCGACUUUGGAGAAGAUUUUCCUGGGUUAAAAAGUAGUCUUAUACGUAGGAAUAUACAGUAAGUCUCUUGUUUAAACAGUGGGAAGACAGGAAUCUAUUGUUUUGGUCCAAAGACCGUGUCGGGGUACUUUGUCGCUCCUCCACCUGCUCAGUCUUGGAUGGGUUUUGUUUCUUAUUGUUGUAUUUGUCGUUUUUGUUGUAUUUGUUGUUGUCGUUGUUGUUCUGUUUCAUAGAAACCUAGACUCUAUAUGUAAAUUUGGAGUUUAAAAAAAGAAGAGGAGGAUUGAUAUGAUGGUAAUCGUUUUAUUCUAUAUAAGGAAUGCAAUAUUAAGGUAGCUGGGGCCGUACUGUAAUGAACAUUUUGGUGCCUGUUUUCUGUUUAAUUUUCCAUGUUUCGUAAAAUAUA